UUGUUGCACCGGUGUGUUUGAUUUGUGUCCUCGGGCGCAUGUUGCGAUGUCCCCCCAGGACGUUUCUGUGUUGUACGUGCCCUCAGCUGGCGGGCAGACCGGCGGGAUGUCCUGUGGGGCUGGGCGGGUCAUGUUACCUCGGCUUGCGCGGUACGACUCAUGCCCAUAUAUGCGUGUGGGGUAGCGUACGCAGAUGCCAGUUCUCUAUAUGCAACCGUGCAGUGUGGAGUGUUCCGGAGCUGUGGUCUACAGUCCAUGCUGACGGUGUUAUCUUGUACACUUCAGAUUUAGAGACACCGCGUUUUUCACCGCAGUACGUCAUUGUUACCUGCGUCUUUACCUGUAUGGAGGCAGCCAUGUACAUGAGCUCGGCACCUCCACCGUCACUGCACCACUACCCCUACGGGCACACGUCUCACUCAGGCCCGCAGGCGUCGCGGUACCCUCCGGUACCCACCACCGCCAGCGGGCUCCACGCUCUCGCCGAGGCCAGCCACGUAUCUAUGUACUCUUCCCAAGCGGUGAACUGGGCCCAACGCCCCGACCAGGUCUCCGUCCACACCUCGGGCAUGCCCGAAAACCUGUAUUUCGGCCAAGAACAGGACUUGUCCUGCAACAAGACCCUGGAGGAGCGAACCAACAUGGCAGUGCCCACGUCUUGUGUUCUGAACUCGAACGUUGUGAACGACGACGACAGGCUGUCUUGCUCUAGCGUGUCUCCUACAAAUAACAGAGAAAACUCAGACUCGAGUUUUAAGCUGGACCUGUCCGCCAAGCCGAGGAAAGAGCGCACAGCCUUCACCAAACAGCAGAUCAUGGAGCUGGAGAACGAGUUCCGCCACCACAACUACCUGACGCGGCUCCGCAGGUACGAGAUCGCCGUCAAACUGGACCUGACCGAGCGGCAGGUAAAGGUGUGGUUCCAGAACCGACGGAUGAAGUGGAAGAGGACGAAGGGAGGAGCGGCCAUGAGAGACAAGGAAGCUCUGAAGGAACUUCUGCCGCGUGACCCUGACCUUGAAGAUGAGCCGCCAUGUUUGAACGGAGACCAUGUACACAACAGCUAGUACCCAUAAUAUUCUUAAAUCCCAUAAUACACCGCUUCGGCACACAUUUUUGCCGUCCUCACCCACUAAAACAUGUUGUUAUUUUUUCGAAACUAUUAAAACAAUAGUCGUCUGUACCUGAAUCCUAUUACUUUUUACAUCAGAACGGUGGAUGGAGUUUUUUUAAAAACAAAUCUUACAAAUUUUCACUGAUUUGAACGUAGUUUCAUAAUGUCCUUGGUUUCUCGCAGAAUUCUGUAACGUUAGCUAGAACGUGUUCAUUCCAUGUAAAUAGUAAAUAUAAGGUGUUGAUGACAGCAGAGCUAAUCAUCAGUAAUUGUAGUUUGUUUAUGGAAUAUUUCAAGCGUUGUUCUCGUUAUGUCACGUAAUUUCACGUGAGAUAUAUGGCAGGAUUUCUGACAGUACAUGUGCAUCAUAUCAUACAUGUACUUCUUUUGACCGAGCAUAGAAUAGCUAAUGUUGUACUGUAGUUUUCUUUUUACUGAAUGGUUGGAUAACAAUUGAGCUCUUUUGACUUGUAUGUUUUAAUUAAUCAUUUGGCCUACAAGGCAGGAGAAAUAAAAUGAAAUGUGAAUUCGUUAUCGGUGAUAACAACACAACAUGGAGAGAAGGAGGUAGAAAAUUGCGUUCUAAUCGUCCUAGUAUUGCCCACAUUUGUCAAUACAAUUCGUGGCAUGUAGGUAUCACUGGAGCUAUGUGUGUGGCAAGUUUUAUGAGCCCUGAAUGUGAUACCACACCAGCUGCCAAUCGCAGACUAUUUUCAUUGAUGCUGUCUUCCCGCCAAAUUUUAGUUCCCACUGUCAAUAUGGCGGCUAUAUAAACAUCGGUAUGCUAUAUGUGUGGGAAGACUAGCUGUAACAUUGCUAAGUAUGCGUCAGGUGGGAUCAGAUUAUGCUAGGCUUGUUAGCUAUGAUCCAGUCAUCAAAACAACCAAUUCUGUUGCUGUUCUUAUCUAAAUUCCCCUAUCUAAAUAAGCAUUGCAAUGUUCAAACUAUUUCUAUGAACUGCAAACGACUUUAAGAGUCGCGUUGGGUUCUUG